UCCGAAAAUACCGGACACUUCCGUCCCAGCUGGUGCACAUCAACAAAUUUUACCCUAAAUGAGGGUGAUUUAAUCGAAAUAUUUACAAAUCGGGGGCACAUAAAAAUCAAAUGGAAAUAUGAAAAGGAAGAGGAAAGUGUAACAAAUUUAUUGACGUGUUCUUUAUCAGGCUGGGUUAGAAUGGAUGGAUUCUGAAAUUGAGUUAAACAACACAGAGUAUGAUUCGUACAUCAUACAGGGAAAGGACAUUUUUAUAUUUACUCAGAAAGUUGGCGAGUUGUCAGCACAGUGUUUUCUUGGACUCAUAGCUUUCACUUCCCUUGAGACUGGAUUGGCUUUGCGAUGGCAAGCAAGCUCUUUGAACAUACCUCUGAGCAUAAUCACAAAGGAGCAAUUAUUUCUAUCUUCCUUAAUUGUACCAUUUGACUGCCGGCUUCGAAAUGAAGCAAUUGUUGCUAUAGUGAUGAAACAAGAAUGGAAAAAUUUCCUUUUAUUACAUGAAGAUGUUUAUGAUGACGACUGCGUACAAGAUCUUUUACGAAGGCUUAGUUUGUUAAAUAUUUCUUCCGAAUAUAUCUGCAUAGCAAAAGAAGACAGCAGUAGAGUUCUUCUGACAAUGAUUAAAAACCAGGACAUUUUUGAAAAUGUUUGUCUUGUUACUCACUCGGAACAAACAGUGGAUCUGAUAGUCGAAGUACGACGAUUGGCAAUUUCUUUAGAUAUGUUUAACACGAGAUAUCAAUGGAUCCUGAACUUGGACCCAGGAUUUUUGCAAAACAAUACGAUAUUCAGAUCGUUGCAUCAAGGAUUUGUUUUAACGCUUAACGUGGGUCUUCAGCAUGAAAAAUAUAGAGCCUUGAUUACUACGAUAUCCAAGGCGUACAGGGAAGAAAUGGAAGAUUCUCGAGCUGAAAAUUUGACACAAUCAUGUUUUGCAAGAGCCGUGACACCUUUUGAAGUAUAUAAUCAAUUGAUAUCGAAUAUUAAGAUAACGAUACAUAGCUCAAGCAAGGAAAUGUUGAAGUUCGAAGAAGUGGCUCAGUUUACUUUGGGCAAUGGUCUAAUAACUCGUAAUGGUGAACUUUACGAAAACAGUUUCAGGGACUUUGGAAACAGAGUGCUAAAAGUAGCAUCUGUCACGAAUGCUCCAUAUGUGAUGAAAGGCACAAAUAACAAUGGAAGUUCCUAUUAUUACGGCUUUUGUUACGACAUACUGAGCGACUUUGCAGAGACAUUCAAUUUCCGAUACCAGUCUGUCGAUGCCAUUGACGGUUUAUUCGGAAAUCCCACGGAAGAUGGCCUAAACGCUACUGGCAUGGUGGGGAUGGUUAUGAGAGGGGAAGUAGAUAUUGGAGUAGCACCAUUUGCCGUAACAGCUACCCGUGAUAGGGUCAUAGACUAUGUGUUACCUUUUCAAGAAGAUGGUGUUGGAAUACUAAUGAAGAGAGUAGAAAACAAAGCAGACAAAUUUUUCAGGGUUUUUCUCCCUCUGGAUUACACGUCUUGGUUGGGCAUUAUUUUGGCCACGGUGAUGACUUCAUGCAUUCUGUAUUACAUUGCGAAGCUAAGUCCACAAUCAAGCCCAGGUGAUUUACCAUUGAGUCGUAAUGUGUGGCUUAUUGUUGGAACAGUUUAUGGACAAGAUGAUGGAACACGUCCGAGUUUUGAAUCUGGACGGAUCAUUCUUGGAUUUUGGUGGGUAUUUACCAUACUCAUAACAGCAUCGUACACUGCUAAUUUGGCGGCAUUUUUUACCAUUUCUUUGGCGAAACCACCCGUAAAGAACCUUGAGGAGCUGGCUUCACAAACAAUUUAUAAACCACUUAUAGUUCAGGAGACAAACCACCAUGCCAUGUUCAAGGAAGCUACAGAAGGUUUGUACAAGAGUAUAUGGAACAUGAUGUCAGACAUGCCAAAAAUUAAAACAGUGGAAGAAGGAUACGAGCUGGUGAAAACCGGACAAUACGCUCUGCUUUGGGAUCACUCCCAGUUCCAGUACUUUAUUCAUAACGACUGCGGUUCGCUAGAGAUAGCCCAGGAAUCCUUCAACAAAAUUAGUUUAUCUUUUAUCAUUCCAGAAAACGCACCCUUUAAAAAGGUUUUUGAUGAUCAUAUGUUAAGGAUGCUAGAAGGAGGAAUUAUUGCAAAAUUUAGAGCCAAAUGGUGGAGGAAGGACAAAUGCAUCAGUAUCACCAAAAAGGCUACCACACUAAAGAUGGACAGUUUGUCCGGAAUAUUCGUUCUCUACGCAGCCAUUUUAGGUUUGGUUGCCAUUACUUUUACGUGUGAAGUAAUACGAGUUUACAGGAAGUGGAAACAAGGAACAAAGGUCGAUAAUGAUAUGGAAUUGAGUAAAAAUGCUGUUUUGUCCAGUAACAAACACGAUAAUGCUUCAAUGAAUAUUACGGAAUCGGAUAUGUUAGCAACAAAAAAUAAAUGAGAGACUGUAUUUCUUUUUCUUGAAGGAUUGGAUUUGUUUUGUGAAAAUA